GCCCUGCCCCGCCGCCCGUGCCCGGCCUUAAAGGCGUGCGGGGGCCGCGGCGGCGGCAGUAGCGCAGUGCGGGUGCCGGCGGCUGCUCGGCGGUGCCCGGAGCGAGGGGGGACCGUUACCUCGGAGCGCCUCGCCUGGAGCCCCUCCUUGCCGCCUCCGCCGCGCUCCCGCCCCUCGGGCCGAGGCUGUCACCGCGCCGGGCGCCGCCAGCAUGUUUGACAGGACGCGGCUGCCCUUCGUGGCGCUGGACGUGCUCUGCGUGCUGCUGGCUGGCUUGCCUUUUGCAAUUCUCAGUUCACGACGUACCCCCUUCCAGAGAGGCGUUUUCUGUAGUGAUGAAUCCAUCCGGUAUCCAUACAAAGAGGACACCAUUUCUUAUAAAUUGUUAGCAGGAAUAAUUAUUCCUUUCAGUGUAAUUGUUAUAAUCGUAGGAGAGACUCUCUCGGUCUUUUAUAAUAAUUUGCACUCAAAUUCGUUUGUCAGAAAUAACUACAUAGCCACUAUUUACAAAGCCAUUGGGACCUUCAUUUUUGGGGCAGCUGCUAGCCAGUCGUUAACAGACAUUGCCAAGUACUCCAUAGGUAGACUGCGUCCUCACUUCAUUGCUGUGUGCCAGCCUGACUGGACACGGAUAAACUGCAGCCUGGGCUACAUUGAGAACUUCACUUGCCAUGGGGACAAAGCAAAAAUCAAUGAGGGAAGACUAUCAUUUUAUUCUGGCCAUUCUUCAUUCUCCAUGUACUGCAUGCUCUUCAUAGCACUUUAUCUUCAGGCAAGAAUGAAAGGAGACUGGGCAAGACUUGUACGUCCUACUAUACAGUUUGGUCUUAUUGCUGCAUCUAUCUAUGUGGGUCUCUCACGUGUUUCUGACUACAAGCAUCACUGGAGUGAUGUUUUAACAGGACUUACGCAGGGCGCAGUGGUAGCUGUGCUCAUUGUUGUGUAUGUGUCAGACUUCUUCAAAGUCAGAGGAUGUACAUUUCAACCAAAAGAAGAUUCCCAUACAACCCUACAUGAGACUCCAACAAAUGGAAAUCACUUUGGCAGCAAUCAUCAACCAUGAAGAAUGACCCACGUUACCUAUAUUGCUCUGAAAGAAAACAAUUUCAGAAGUCUAACUUUGUAAUUUAAGUAAUUGCCUUUAAGGGACUGCUGCUGCUCUUGGAUGGUCACUUAACCUGUAUAUAGUAACAUCUACCACAGUUAUUGUACACCUAAACUUUAAAUUUCUGUUGGUUCAAGCUCUUGCUUAAAAAAAAGCUAUUACAACUGUAAAUUUUUAUUGAAAACUGUAACAAGUUAUAUUACAUACACUGCUGUUUGUACAUGCCCUGUUGAAUCAACUGUGGUUUAAGUAAACACCAUUAAAAGGAAUUACUUGAUAUGGAA